UGAUAAUAUUGAAAUUGUAUGUGAAAAAGAGGAGGUAAUAUAAAUUAAUCCGAUUUGGUCUGCUGCUUCUGGAUACGAGGACGCUGUUCUAAUUCAAAUUUUUUCAUAUCAAGUAUCUCACUGUAAUCAUAAAAACUGCGUCCAUGCCGAAAAACAACAUAACACCGCUAAGUGAGUUUAGACGGGCUGCGUAUAGGGCUCUACGUGAGAGUAAUAAAAAUAAAAUGGAUUUGAAAGAUCCGCAAGUGGAAUUUUAUUUACUAACAAAUCUUGUUACCCAUGGGUGCCCAAAAUCAACGUUGGAUCAAAUAUUACAGACACAGGCUAAUAAACCGAUUGACUCUACUAGCACGGAGAUAGUUACGGCAACGCCUGCAACUCGGAAAUCGGUCACUUUUAAGCUUCCAGUUCCAGAAACGGUCACACCACGGCCGGCGCCAAUUCCUGAAACGGUCACACCAAGGCCGUCUCCAGUUCCUGAAACGGUCACACCAGACCCAACACAAAUUGUGGAUUCUGUCGCUGCAGAGCCGAUGCUAAUUUGGGAAACGGUCACACUAUGUCCAACACCGUCUCCAAUGCCCCGAACGGUAAAUCUUAAGAUGCCUACGAUUUCACAGCCUUAUAAUACCAAGGAAACAAACAAUCCAGCAUAUUAUUCCAAUAGAAUGCCGCCUGUCAGUUGGCCGCGUCGUCUAGAGUUGUUCCCGUCACGGCAGCGCUCCAGAGUUGCCACCGCCGCUGCAGCUGCUGCCACCGCCUCAAUCGCAGCGCAAGUUAGACAGGAUGCUUUGGAUGCCCUGGCCCACAAACGUGCUCCAUUAUUGCGCCUGGCCGCCAAAGAUAUUCAAAACGAUCAGCAACGUGUGAAGCGUAACAAAAAUUUACUGAGCUCCGCCUUAAGCAUUAUUAGGGAAAUGGACCCAGCAUAUCUUGAGAUACUCUGUUAUGCUAUUCACGAUCAGGUGACACAAUAACUCAUGGAUUCUCCAAAUGAUCGUUUGAGGAUCGUAUACAACUCCCAAAGCAUGAGCUUUAUGUGUAGUGUUAUUUUUUUUUGAUUUUACAAAUCACGAAUCGGUUUUAAUGUAUAUUACAAAAUUUUAAGUUUUACUUCCAUAUUAGUGAAACACUCGGAAUAUGAUUCUGUAAUCAGAGAACGGACUUUUUGACAAGGGGGAAUAAAAACUUAACAUCUAUCAAAAUAUA